AUGACACUGGUACCGACUUGGCCACGUCGCCUCAUCUGGUUGGGCGUGGUUUUGUGCCUGACCUCGGCUGUCCAGGCCGAUGGAACAUGCGAGCCCGCGUACUUCACUGCCGGCGACUACCAGAAGAGGCAACUGUCUGUCUCAACUGCAAGUUCAUCUGCCACCCUCAAGACCUCGAGUGCUAUCGAAUCAGCGCCUGCGACCUCUACCUCCUCGCUUGUCGUUAUCAGUCCUCUGAUCAAUGGCGAGAGUGCCAACCAGGGCCAGGUUGUGUGCCGAUACACAACGAACACGGCGGAUAAAGUGCUCAACUACUAUACCUGUACCGCUCUGGCUGAUCGUUACGGUAUCUCGGUUGAUGUAUUCUUUCAGUUGAAUCCCAUUGUUAAAACGGAUUGCAGUAAUCUGCGUCGCAACACGGACUAUUGUGUUCGAGGAUUCAUUGAGCCACUAAGAGCCUGGGACAGAAAAUGUGGCCCAAAAAAUGGCAACGCCACCUGUCUGGGAACCCAAUUUCAGUGCUGCAAUGCAGACACAUUUACCUGCGGAAAUUCCCUUGAAGAUUGUGCCGAUGGUACGUGCUACGAAGGUGCUUGUGCAGGAGAGACCAUCUUCACCACGAACGGCGAUUGCGGCCGCAACCACGGUUAUAAGCGAUGUGCUGGCCGAUGGGGCGACUGCUGCAAUAGUGUCGGGCGCUGUGGAACAGGGCCAGACUUUUGCUCAUAUGGCGAGUGUCAGCUGGGUAAUUGCAGCAUCCCGGAACUCGUGCCGAUGCCAGAGACUAUGUUCUCCAUGAGACCUUUCACAGACACAACGUCCGCUAUGGACUUAGGAUCGUCAACCACAUCGACUCCUUUGUCUACCACCACAGCUGUUAGGGGAACUACCACGACCACGAAGCCCCCUACCACGUCUAUUUCGGGCUAUGACUCUCUGCCUUCAUGCGGCAAGACCUGCUUCAAUAAUAUGCUGGGACAGUACUCAGCACUAGGAUGUGCCGCCGGUGACGCAUACUGCCUGUGUAAUCACCCGGACUUCAGCAACGGUCUUCGAGACUGCUCCAACGGCGCCUGCGGCACUUCUGUAGGAAGUACCGUCAUCUCUGUGGGCAGCGCGUACUGCUCUACCGCUUUUGCCACGCAUACAACUACCGCGACGGGUUUUGCAGCUCUGGCUUCCUGCGGCCAGACCUGUUUUGACAAUAUGGUCGCGCAGUACUCGGCGCUCGGCUGCUCCCAACCUAAUGCUGCGUGUCUGUGCAAGAACCAGGAUUUUGGUAAUGGUAUCAGAGACUGCUCCAAUGGCGCCUGUGGCACCGAUGCGGCUCGUCCGGUUAUCUCGUAUGGAAGCUCGUACUGCGCUUCUGCUACGGCGGGUCAUUGA